ACCUCUUGCGCUUAUAUUAGAUUUUUGGUGUAUUAAUUGUCUCUUGCCGUUUCAAAUAAAAAUAUAACCUCAAAAAUAAAUCCAGAAUCGUAUUUCUGUAAUUUCUGUGAGAAAAUAUGUAGUAUUUUAUUUUUAUUUAUUACUACACUUUUGUGUGUGUGUGAGAGAGAGAGAGAGAGAGAGAGAGCAGUAUAUAUUCCCUGGGUGGAGGAAUGCUUGUCACCUACUCCUGUUAGCUUCCACACUCUAUGUACUUGUUCAAAAUCACAUAGCAAUUGCGAUAGCAAUAGCAAAAGCAAAAGCAUCCCAACACGCACAAACACGGUGAGUGCGUGAGGGUUAUGGAGAAGAAGCACAGAUGCAAGCUCUGUUUCAGAAACUUCGCGAAUGGGAGAGCUUUGGGCGGCCACAUGAGAUCUCACAUGAUGAAGUUAUAUGCGGGGGAGGAGGAGGAGGAGAAGGCUGGGGAAAUCGAGCAUGAUUUUCAAUCGUCGUAUUCGCGGCCGUCGUCGUCGUCGUCGUCUUCGUCGGAGGAGGAGGAGGAAUACGAGGGGGAGGAUGAGGAGGAGGAGGAGGAGAGGGAGAGGGGGUACGUGUUGAGAGAGAAUCCUAAGAAGAGCGCAAUCAUGGCGGAUCACGACUUCUCCUCCGUGGUGGUGCAGGACGGCGAGAGCGAGACGGAGUCGUGCAGGAGGCGAUCCAAGCGCGUGAGGUCGGAUUUCGACGUGUUCGAGGUGAGGAAGGCGAAGCAGCUGCUGGAGAACGAGCAGGCGUCGUCGCCGCUGAGCUCCGUCUCCGACGCCACGCCGGAGGAGCACGUCGCGCGCUGCCUCAUCAUGCUGUCGAGGGACACGUGGCACAAGGUGGAGAAGAAGAUGAAGAAUAAAUUUAGGGGCAAGUAUAGGUGCGAGGAAUGCAACAAGCUCUUCCGCUCGUAUCAGGCGCUCGGCGGCCACAGGGCCAGCCACAAGAAGAUCAAGGCCGCGCCGCCGCCGAGGACGCCGUCGGGUAAGAAGAUACACCAGUGCCCCUUCUGCGACAGGAUCUUCUCGUCGGGGCAGGCGCUCGGCGGCCACAAGAGGUCGCAUUUCAUCGGCGCCGCCGCGAUUGAGAGGAAUUCCUCCGCGAUUUCUCAAGUUUUGAGCAUAGAUCUGAAUCUACCGGCGCCGCUCGACGACGACGAAGGAAGCCAAAUCGCGAUCUCGGCGGUUUCUGAUGCGGAAUUCGUUUGCAACGUUAAGCAAUGACGCUUCAAUUUUGAGGUAAAAGUAAAUUAAAAAAAAGAAAAAGAAAAAAGAAACAAAAGUUUUCUUCUUUUUUGGUUUUAUUCAAUGGAAGUCUCGCAUUUGAAAUAUGACUGUUUAUGUUACUGUAACAACUAGCUGCAUUUUGCAUUAAUACAGAAACACACACACAUAAAUUUUGAUUUCCUCA